AGGGCGCAGGCGCUUUAAAAAUCCUCUUAGCAGAAGCCUCACACACUGUCAUUGCCGCAGUGCGUAGCCCAGCACACGCAACCGUGCAUGCACUGCAAGAGCUGCCCACAGGUCCCGACAGCCGGCUCAUAGUGGUGAAGCUCGACGCAAGCAUCGAGCAGGACGCGCAAGAGGCCGUUGUCGAGCUGCAGCAGAAGCACGGAAUCCAGCACCUGGACAUUGUGAUUGCGAAUGCGGGCAUCGGGUACAUAUACCCCACGGUCGCAGAGGUUAAGAUUGCGGAUAUCAGGGCGCAC